AUGGCCAAACAACCUAACCAGCUCAUGCGCGAGUACAAGCUCGUCGUCGUCGGCGGAGGAGGCGUCGGAAAAUCGGCAUUGACUAUCCAGUUCAUUCAAUCACAUUUCGUGGACGAGUAUGAUCCUACCAUCGAAGAUUCGUACCGCAAGCAGUGCGUGAUCGAUGAGGAGGUCGCACUCCUCGAUGUCCUCGAUACCGCUGGCCAGGAAGAAUACAGUGCAAUGCGCGAGCAAUACAUGCGCUCAGGCGAAGGCUUCUUGCUUGUCUACUCGAUUACAUCGCGCAACUCGUUUGAGGAAAUCUCGACCUUUUACCAACAGAUCCUCCGUGUCAAGGACAAGGACUUUUUCCCCAUUAUCCUCGUUGCCAACAAGUGCGAUCUCGAGCAUGAGCGCCAAGUUUCUACUCAUGAGGGUCGCGAGCUUGCCAAGCAGUUCAAUUCGCGUUUGAUCGAGUCAUCGGCCAAGCAGAGGAUCAACGUGGACGAGUCAUUCUACAACCUUGUGCGUGAAAUUCGUCGCUUCAACAAGGAGGCACACAGCCAGCCUCAGAACGGCCAAUACGGAUACGCUCAACAGGGACAGGGCUAUGGCAGCCAGGUGGAUGACAAGGAGGAUAAGGGAUGCUGCUGUCUGAUUAUGUAA